AUGAAAAUUUGGGGGGGACUUCUGGUCCUUUUGGCAUUGGCUCCUCAUUCUCUUUCCAAACGGACAAAACGAUGGGAAGAAGGACAUGGAGGGCACGGUCAGCAACAGCAAGGCUGGGUACGGGGCACAGCGGGAGUCGAUUACCCCGACUACAAAGAGAUCCCCCGCACGGGAUUUCGAUGCAGUCAGCAACCAUACGAAGGCAUGUACGCUGACCUGGAAACGCAGUGUCAAGUGUACCACGUCUGUCACAAUGGCCGAAAGGAGAGCUUCAUGUGUGGAGUUGGAACAAUCUUCAACCAGCAGAUUCGCGCCUGUGACUAUUGGUACAGCUUCGAGUGUGACGAAGCGCCCAAUUGGUUUUACCUGAACGCCGAGGUGAACAACGAGACCCCACAGCCUCUUCAGCCGCUUCCUGGCGGAAGUGGAGCCGGUGGCGGAGCUGGAGGAGGUCCGGGCGGCCCUGGAUCAGGCGGUGCUGGGCGGCCUUCUGGCCCUGCUUACCGCCCUGGAUCGUCGGGUGCUGCUGGAGGUUACCCGGGUUCCGGAGGAGCACCCGGAUCCGGCGGUGCUGGAGGCUACCCCGGCUCUGGAGGCUACCCUGGAGGUGGAGGAGCUCCCGGAGCUGGUGGCUGUUGUGGCGCCGGUGGUGCACCCGGUUCCGGCGGUCGACCUGGCACCGGUGGUGCACCUGGUUCUGGGGGUUAUCCCGGCGGAGCUGGUGCUGGUGGAGGAUAUCCGAAACCUGGAGCAGGCGGCUACCCCGGCUCAGGAGGUGUUGGACCCGGUGCACCAGGUUCAGGAGGUUACGGCCCUGGGGGAGCUGGGAAACCCGGAUCUGGUGGAAAGCCGGGAUCGGGAGGUUAUGGUGGUCCCUCUGGGCCUAAAGGACCAUAUGGACCUGGUGGCCCCGCUGGACCUGGCGGCCCCGGUGGGCCUGGAGGUCCCGGUGGACCUGGCGGCCCAGCUGCGCCUAAAGGACCCUUUGGUCCUGGCGGCCCCGCUGGACCUGGUGGACCUGGUGGCCCCGGAGGACCUGGCGGCCCCGCUGGACCUGGUGGCGCAGGCGGAUAUCCAGGAUCCGGUGGUUACCCCGGUUCUGGGGGCUCCGGAGGCUACCCUGGCUCUGGAGGAUCAAGUGGACCUGGCGGCUAUCCCGGCCCUGGUGGGGCGAGUUCCAGCGGCCCUGGCAGCUACCCUUCGGGAGGAGGCUCUUCUGGGUCGGGUUCAUAUCCGACGGGAGGUUACGGAGGCGGACCUCGGCCUGGCUCCGGAAGCGGCUAUCCGGGAUCAUCGGGGUCAGGCCCUCGCCCAAGUGGUGGUUAUGGUGGCGGUGCUCCUCGACCACUUUCUAAGCCAUCUCCAUCAUCUUACCCGGGAUCUUCAGGCGGCUCUGGCGGAUAUCCUGGCAGUGGUUCUAGUGCUGGAGCUCCAGGCAGUCCGGGAUCUGGUUCUGGUGCCUACCCCAUAGGAGGUGCAGGAGCAGGUUCUCCAGGAAAAGGUGUUUACCUUGCACCGGGGGCACCCGGACAAGGACCCACGGGGUCCGGUUCUUUUCCGUCAAAAGGCUCUCCGGCGUCGGAACCUCUCUCCGCACCCGGUUCAGGUGGUCCAGGACCAGCCGGUUCGGCAAGGCCGGGUUCGGGGUCGAGACGUCCGGGAGGACGAGGGGGUGGUUACGGGGGAGGACCUCAAACCUUCGAUACACCUUCCGACUCAGAUUCGUACGACGUCGCUCCCUCCUCGCCCGGUGGGGCCGGCAAGGGAGGCGCCUCAUGGUCCGAUCAGUCCGAAUACCCGAACCCCAACCCUGACAGUGGAAGUGCUUACUACAGUCAACCUGGAGGGACCUCGGGCCAGCCGUCACAGUUUGAUUCGGGCUUAUACCCGGGUGAUAGUGGCCCUUACUCGGACGGUUCAUACCCCGGAGAGGGCUCGCCCUCCCAGUCUGGUCAGGGUUCUUACGGAGGACAGCGUCCUCGACGUCCGCAAGGGGGUUAUGGUCAGCCUCAGGGAUCGUACCCAGCUGGAAUGAUGAUGGGUGCCGGUGGUGAUUGAAGUGUUCAAACUGUUUUGAUCUGGAGUUACACACUGAGAACCUGAUGAUCCGCACAUCCGAACAAGUGGUCGGAAAUUAUCUCAUAUUUUGUUCUUUUCUUCGUCGUAGCUGUUUCUCGCGGCGUGACUGCCGUUGUGCCUACUGUUCUUAUUAUUGUACAUAACCAUCGAACAAUCAAUUGACAUACCUUGCUUACCGGAUUUAACGUUUCAAGUGUUGCUCAGUGCAGGCCACCGAAGAGCUUGUUUUUUAUGCCUCGCGGUUAUUCGCCGUCAUGUUCGGAUGAUUGUACGACCAGCGUGUUUUCCGAUGGUGAAUAAAGACACUGUCAAAAACUCCA